GUGGCAUCCAUCCAUCGCAUCAUCACCACCACCACCAUUAUCACCAUGAUCAUCGCGGCGAGCUUCACCUCUAUGGUUGCUCUAGGUGGGGAGUUGAUCCCUGCGAUGCCGCCAUUUUAAUUCUGCUAGACAAACAACCACCACCACCAGCACCCAACCUACCACGACCACUACCCAAACUAACCCCUCCUUCCUUGGAGCCAUGCACCCACAUGUAUGCGUAGAGGAGAGUUGUCCGCCGUCGUCGCCGAGCUUAUUUACCCCACCAUCCACAUCAUCUCCUCCUCUUCCUUAAGAUAAACCCCAUCCCACCCUCAAUCCAACAAUCAACACAGCCCCUCAGCUUCUCUUCAUCACCUCAUACCCACUUCCCAUUCUUCAUCCAUAACUCCUACUACCGUCAAAAUGGUCAAAGCUGCUGUCCUCGGUGCUGCUGGUGGAAUCGGCCAGCCUCUGUCCCUCCUCCUCAAGGCCAGUCCCCUCAUCGACGAGCUGGCCCUCUACGAUGUUGUGAACACCCCCGGUGUCGCGGCCGAUCUUUCCCACAUUGCCUCCCCGGCUGUCACCACCGGAUACCUCCCCAAGGACGACGGACUGCAAAAGACCCUCGAGGGAUGUGACAUCGUUGUGAUCCCCGCCGGCCUUCCCCGCAAGCCCGGUAUGACCAGAGAUGAGCUCUUCACCAAGAACGCCGGAAUUGUCGCCGCCCUGAUCACCGGUGUCGCCAAGUGGUGCCCCAAGGCCUACGUCCUGGUCAUCUCCAACCCUGUCAACUCCACCGUUCCCAUCGCCGCCGAGGUGCUGAAGGCCCACAACGUCUUCGACGCCCGCAAGCUCUUCGGUGUCACCACCCUGGAUGUCGUUCGUGCUUCCACCUUCACCGCCGAGCUUACCGGCGAGAAGGACCCCCGGAAACUCACCAUCCCCGUCGUCGGUGGACACAGUGGUGACACUAUUGUUCCUCUGUUGAGCCUGGCUACUCCUUCUGUCUCGAUCCCCGAUGACAAGAUUGAGGCUUUGAUCAAGAGAAUCCAAUUCGGUGGUGACGAGGUCGUUAAGGCCAAGGAUGGCGCUGGAUCCGCCACUUUGUCCAUGGCUUACGCUGGUUACCGCUUCGCCGAGGCUGUUCUCAAGGCCGACAAGGGUGAGACCGGUAUCGUCGAGCCUUCAUUCGUCUACCUUCCCGGUGUUCCCGGUGGAGACGAGAUCUUGAAGGCAGUUGGUGGUUUGGAGUACUUCGCCGUUCCGAUUGAGCUCGGACCCGGUGGUGUCGUCAAGGCCACCAACCCUCUGGGCAAGGCCUCGGACGCCGAGAAGAAGCUAUUGGAGGUUGCUAUUGCUGGCCUCAAGGGCAACAUCUCCAAGGGUGUCGAGUUCGCCCAGGCCUCCAGUGCAAAGUUGUAAUCCCAACUUGGUUCGCUUGUUUCGAGUGUGUAAAUCAAACAAAAGCUGAUGAUGAUUCGGUUGUGAUGUACAGUUAAUCAAUCAAUCCUGCGCACAAUCCUUUUUCCUCUCUCUUUUUUCCUGCAUCGGUCUCAACGGCGGGUUCGGAUGAAACAGUUGCAUGAUACCAAAGUUUUUUUGUUGAGGAGGAAGAUGGAAAGGUGAGGGGAAACGGUGGAUGGUAUUUGCUGCUUGAGUUCUUACAUGGCAAUAACGAUAUCAAAUAAAAAAGUCAUUGCGCCA